GGUUGUGUUUUCUGUGAGUGGUUGUGUUUUCUGCGUGUGGUUGUGUUUUCUGCGUGUGGUUGUGUUUUCUGUGUGUGGUUGAGUUGUCUAUGUAGUUUGUUUUUUUACUUUCAGUGUUUUGAUGUAGUUCUUUGUAUUCAAACAACCCUGUAACAAACCUGUAUUGCCACUAUAUACAGUAGAAAGUUAGUACAUGUUGGACUUACUCUGCUGAUGGAUGAAACCAUGUACAUCCACAGCAGCACAGAUGGUAGGGCUGUUCUGUGUGCAGUUAUAAAAAGGCUAUCGUUGUUUGGACUGUAACUGGACUCUUGCGGGUGGCACGAUGAGCUGCUCAGGACCACCACGACUAUUCUUAGACCUUUUGUUGUGCUGACGGCAGUCUGCCAUCACACUGACGACAUGUGGAAGGUCAAACCUCCAGUUGUCUUUCCAAUGGAGACGAGGUACCGGCCAAUUUUGGAGAGUUUGGUUCCUCCUGAUCCCAUGUCCCAGUUCCACCUGAAGAGAGGUUCUCCUGACGAGGAGUUUCCUGACCUGUGCAGGAACUCUACCUGGAUGGGACGAAUCCUCACACCUGCCAUGUACCGCCGACAGUUCCACCGCUGCACCCACAGCGGAGUCAUCUUUGAUGACGUCAUCCGCCCGGGCCUCGAGGAACCAGGUGAUAGGUCCAGUCCUGUAUCUGUGGGGUGUGUCGCAGGCGACGCCCAGUCUUACAUCCUGUUCUGCGACUUCUUCGACCGAGUUAUUGAGGCGCAUCAUGAACACAAGAUCACCAGCCAGACACCAGAGAGCGACUUCAACUACGACAACCUAAAGGGAGGGGGUGACCUGGACAAGUCAUAUGCUGUACGCUGUGAGGCGAGUGUUGUUCGAGGUGUUGAUGACUUCUGCUUCCCAACACAUUGCAGCCGCGGAGAGCGCAGACACCUCCUCUCACUGGCCAGGAGAGCUCUGCAGCGGCUGAACGAGAACGAGCUGCCGGGUCAACUCUUUUUACUGGAGGAGUUGAACCCGGAGCAGAAGAGGGAGCUGAACCUGAACCCUCCGUCUUCCUCUCAGCUCCGAAUUGGCGUGGCCCGGGACUGGCCCGACUCCAGGGCGGUCUGGGUGAGUAAAGAUGGCAGCCUAGUGGUCUGGGUCAACAUGGAGGACCACCUAAGACUUGUGUCCACAAGAGACGAUGCCAACAUCGCAGAGGCCUUUAAAUGCAUCUGCAUCAACCUGAAAAAGCUGGAGGACUUCUACAGAGAGCUCAGACACCCGUUCAUCUGGAAGCAGCAGCUGGGGUGGGUGACGAGCUCUCCGGCUGAUGUGGGAACGGGUCUGAGGAUCCAAGUCCACCUCAGACUGCAACACCUCCCCCAACACAAACGCCUCCAGGACAUCCUGAAGAGACUGAGGAUCCGCAUGGACAAAACAGAGUCCCCGGCGCUGUACCAUGUGAGCAACAUGGCGACCUUCGGUGUGAGCGAGGUGGGUCUGAUACAGCUGGUGGUAGACGGGGUUAAACUGCUCAUUGCCAUGGAGAAGAGGCUGGAGGACGGCCGAGACAUCGAUGAGCUUGUUCCUACACAGAAAUAGAUCUGGAUGAUGUUUGGCUGGAGUGAGGAGGGAACACAUGGACUGACCAAUCAGAUAGAAGCAUUAAACUCUCUGCUGCAGAAAAUGUCUGUCUGGUAUGCUUUUACGACCUGAAUACAAACACCAGAAGUGGUUAGAGUACUGAAAUCUAUAUUCAACUUAAGGUACAUCUACUCCCAACCCCAAAUAAUUUAAGUAAAAGUACAACUACCAUGAGGAGCCUCAUCACAUAAAAGCAAAUAGUAAAAACUUACUCAUAGCACAAGUCAACUUCAACAUUUAAAAUGUUAAUGUAAUGUUAAUGUAAAUUGCAUAACAGUUAACUGCUUUCUAUAGCAAACCAAUUUAAAGUCACACAGACUUCUAGAUAUAAGAUGAGUUAAUGUCAUGAUCAUAAUAUUAGCUAGCUAAAUACAUAUUCUACAAGUCAUG